UGUCUAGCAUAUUUUCUUUCAUGUGAAACCUCAAAGUAUGGUGUACCAGGUCCAUUUGAGUACUGAGAAAAACGCUUUGCAUGCAUUUUUCAUGAUGAAAAAAGGCUCUGGACAGCAUCUGGAAAUGGAAGAGUUAAAAAAAUGUACAAACGCAAACGCUUAUAAAAACACGGUUAGCCACGUUUACACGCAUUUACAAGUGUUUGGCAUUUGAAACGCUGGUAAAAUCUACUCCUGAAUGCAAGUUUGGUGCGUUCAAAAAAACGACUGUAAACUCAACUGCCUGUAAAUGACAUAGUGUACAUGGACACAUAGGAAAACAUUAG